AUGUUCAACAGAACGGCAUGCGAUGCUCAUCUGAAGCUGGAUACCUCGCCAGGAUCAACAUAUCUCGUCGCAAUUUGCAACAACGACGAGGGAACUGGUGUUGAGGAUGACCUGCUCCUUGACAAAUAUCUUGGAAAUAAAGAUGGACACUUUGAUUUGAAUGGCAAAGGAUUCAGUACGGGUGCACGAAAAAUAAGCCUCACUACGGAGGGACCAGAACACACCCCUAUUCUUCAUUCCGAGCUCAGGGACUCGUCAGGACAUUUUAUCUCCAAUGAUCUCAAUUUGUCGACACAUAUCGCAAACCAGGAUGGAAAACUCGUUUUUAUUGAAUAA